AGCGAGCCUGUAUUCAUGUACAGGCUCAGUCACCAGGAACAUAUUCUCAUUGAUGUUGCCCUGAUGUUUUAAAAUAAAUAUGGGAAAAGAAAGCAAGAAUCAAAAUUGCAAGACAAUGCCGUUUCAAAUGCAGCUGUAAUGUAAGCUACUAAAGUAAAUAUUAUAAAGAUCAUUAAGUACAUUUAAUUUUUUUCGGUUUGUAUCCGUAUGACUGUAAACGCAAUAGUAGGCUAAACGUCUUGCAGCUUUGAUGGUCUUAUGGGCGUUUUAUUUUAUUUUUACGAUGAGGUCACUUUCGUUCAUUUCAAGAGGAUUGCUCUGGAUGACGUCAGAUCUCUUAUUCUCCCUAAAAAUGGCAAUGGGAAGAAUUGGGACCAGGCGUGUAGCUAUCUCACAAAGACACAUCAGGGGGAACAUGAACUGACACGACGUUACAUCUAAUCCCUCAUAGAAUAAAUCAGAUGCAGUGUUCCGCGGUGAGGAUGUUGAACCUACUACGCCCUCUACUGGUCGUCUGGAUGUACCUCCUCGUCUCCAGCCACGCCGCCCCAAGAUACAACAACGGCUUUUUCUACCACGACAUCAUGAACGGCGAUGGCAACGGAGAGAUCUAUUUCAACGGGGUGCGUCUCCACGUGGAGUCCCCCGAGCCCUCGGUGUCGGCGGCCAGGGGUAGUAAUGUUACCCUGCCCUGUCACUACCGCUAUGAACCCGAGAUCAAUGGCCCCCGUCGGACCCGGGUCAAAUGGUCUUGGCUGCCCACCAACGGCGCCAGCACGACCACCCAUGAGACCGACGUGAUGGUCGCCAUGGGCAACCGUCACCGUAGCUACGGCAGCUUCCAGGGGAGGGUGCGCCUGCGUCGGGCUGCUCCAGGGGACAUGUCGCUGGUGAUCAAGGAGCUGCACCUGAACGACACGGGCCGCUACCGCUGUGAGGUCAUCGACGGGCUGGAGGACGAAAGCGUGACGGUGGAGCUGGAGCUGCGAGGAGUGGUAUUUCCCUACCACUCCCAGAAGGGCCGCUACCAUUUCAACUUCCUGGGGGCCCAGCGUGCGUGUGAGGAGCAGGAUUCGACCCUGGCCACCUUCGACCAGCUCUUUGCCGCCUGGGAGGAGGGGCUUGACUGGUGCAACGCCGGCUGGUUGGCUGAUGGGACGGCUCAGUACCCAAUCACCACACCGCGGGAGCCCUGUGGGGGCGUGGACUUAGCCCCUGGUCUCCGUAGUUAUGGACAACGCCACCGCCACCUCCACCACUUUGAUGCCUUCUGUUUCUCAGCUGCCCCCAAGGGGACAGUAUACUUCCUGAAACAACCCCAGAAGUUCAACUUCACCGAGGCGGUGGCAGCGUGCGUUGACGACGGCGGUCACAUCGCUAAGGUGGGCCAACUCUACGCCGCCUGGAGGUUCAUGGGAUUGGACCUCUGCGUCGCGGGCUGGUUGGCCGAUGGGAGCGUCCGUUACCCCAUCGCCAAGGUCCACCCUAACUGCGGCCCCUCAGAGCCAGGGGUGCGUCAUGUCGGAUUUCCUCCUCAGCAGCAGAAAUACAGUGUCUACUGCUAUCGGUAAACCCCCCCCUCAACGAUAACCAUCAUUUAUCAGUAUGAAGCAGUACUACAGUAUGACAGAUAGCCUAUACUAGUCACCUUCUCUAUUCACCACAGACAGUGCACUGUCACACAACCCUAGCCUGCAUGCUACUUAGCAUUAGCUAGUUCUGCUCUCACAGCGUCCGCUGUAUAGUCAUAGUGAACUGUCUUAAUCUCCUUAUAUUGAACAUACUAUCAGUCAUACUCCCUGCUGAGACUCCAACCAGUACUGAUACACAUACUGUAUACUGGCUAUUUAGGGUUGUGUUGUCAGGUUUGACUCACGGUAAACUCAGGGAAGGUGUUCAACCCACAGCAUUGCCCUUGUGAUGCUUUGCCAGUGAUUUUGUUGUCCAACCAAGGUCUUUCCCUUGGUGUUUUGUUGAACUGUGUGUUGCUAUCUCCCUGUUCCUGAAGUCAUUUCAGUUCAAUGUAUGUCAUUCAUAGUCUUAGGCACAUUUCUGGAUGAUCCUCUUUAUGUUAGAAUAUCUUUUCUUGUUUUUUUAUAAGGGUUGGAAUGGAAUGAUGAACUUAAUGACAAUGAAUACUUUAUCUUUUUUUACAUUUACAACAAAAAAAAUCUAAAAACCCUGUUUUUGCUUUUGUUGUUAUGAUGUUUUGUGUGUAGAUUGAUGAGGGGGAAAAUAAGGAAUAUGAUUAACGUUGUAACGUAAAACAAAAUGUCAAAAAAGUCAAGGGUUCUGAAUACUUUCCGAAUGCACUGUAGACUAUGUCAUGUUGGAAGGGGAUUUGACAGUAUUUUAUGACCUUGUAGAGGAGCUCAGUGUUAAAAGGCUUCCAUCUGUAUCGUGCUACUUUAAAUCAGGUUGUCUGACUAAUUAAAUCAUGCUACUUUAAAUCAGGUUGUCUGACUUUAAGUGUUCUACCAAAUGAAUAAAAUAAUGUCAAUGGUCAA